CCAGACUGUUUCCUCCUCUUCUCAUCCAAUCCAUCAUCCACCAUGGGGUGGAUCAGAGGCCGUACCCUCGGCCGUGGCUCUUCUGCCACCGUCUCCCUCGCUAUGAAUCGUCAGUCUGGUGAGGUUUUCGCCGUGAAGUCUGUAGAGCUCUCGAGAUCGGAAUUCUUACAAAGGGAACAGAGCAUCCUUUCUCUGCUCAAGUGUCCUCGUAUGGUUGGGUACCUUGGCUGCGACGUCACAAACGAGAAUGGUCAGCUCUUCUACAAUCUCUUCAUGGAGUAUGUCUCCGGUGGCACCCUCACUGACACAAUUCGACACCAAGGUGGCAUGCUCGACGAGUCUGCGAUCCGGUCUCACACGCGAGCGAUUCUAGAGGGGUUGGAUUACCUGCACUCUCGUGGUCUCGUGCAUUGUGACAUUAAGGGUCGGAAUAUCUUGGUUGGACAAAAUGGAACCAAAAUUGCCGACUUGGGUUGCGCAAGGUGGGUUGGGGAGCAGCCUCCGGCGAUGCCGAUUGCAGGGACCCCUGUUUUCAUGGCACCUGAAGUGGCUCGAGGUGAUGAGCAAGGUUUUCCUGCCGACGUCUGGGCUCUUGGAUGUACUGUAAUUGAGAUGGCAACAGGACGUCCUCCAUGGCUGGAUGUUUCAGACCCAGUCUCUGCGCUUCAUCGGAUUUCAUUAUCCUUUGAUUUGCCGGAUUUCCCAAGUUUCCUGUCAGAGGAAGGAAAGGAUUUUUUGGGCAAGUGUCUUAGGAGAGAUCCAAAGGAGCGAUGGACAGUUCAGGAGCUUCUUAAGCAUCCAUUUCUGGAAGAGGGUAGCGGUGUACAAUUGAAGUUGAAGCGAAUUCAGAGGUCUACCUCUGCAACUUCUCCCAUGAGCAUACUCGAUCAAGGCAUCUGGGAAUCAUUGGAGGAAUCCAUGACAGAGACAGAAGCAGACAUAGCAGUUCACAUGCCCAACCAAUUGGGAUUGGGUUCUUCUUUAAAUUCACCUUCAGAAAGAAUAGGGCGGUUAAUUGAAUGCAUCCCAUCUUCUUCUCCAACCCCAAGGCUAUCCGAUUGGACAAGGGACGAAGAUUGGGUCACAGUCAGAAGAACCAAUCACGCAGAGGAACCCAUAGAGACUAGUUGGUCGGCGUAUACAGACUUGAUUAGUGAAGAACAAGAGCUGAAGUUACUUGGAAGCAGCAGCAGCUCUGUGAUUAAUGAAUAUCCCAUCCACUACUCUGUAAAUAGUAGUAGCAGUCAGGGAAGCUUGUCUAUAUCCUGUAAAUGUGGUAGAGAUGUUGCUGUAAUUUGCAAUCUCAACUAUGAUGAGGUUCCAUUACCAAACAAACUAUGA